CGCUCGCUGCUGCUGCAGCGUAGCAGUUGACGUCGACGCCGUCGCUUCUGUGAAAUAAGCUGCUGACUCAAACAAAAUUUUCAAAUGGAGACAAAAAAUCCCCCGCCCACCGUGACGAGCAGCUAUCACCAUCAGCGUGCGCCGCGCACUCCCGAAAGCUACUUCAAUGUGCCAGAGUCGGUGGCUCUGCUGAACAUCGUCAAGUCGGAGAGGAUCCAGAGCGCGUUCCAGUCGAAUCGCAAGAAUCAUGCGAGCGUAUGGGAAAUGGUCGCCGAGGUGCUGAACCGGUUCAGCGCACGCAAGCGAACGGCGAAGCAGUGCUGCAAUCGGUACGAGAACCUGAAGAAGAUCUACACACAGCUGAAGAAGAAUCCGGAGCGGCACGUCCGGCGCAACUGGCCGUAUAUGUUCCUGUUCAAGGAGAUCGAGGAGCAGCGCGGCGAGUGCUGGGGCUCCAAUGGGAAGCGCCUCGCUCUGAUCAGCAAGAAUCACAAUGAGCUCUCCUACUAUCAGCGGCGCAGGCAGGCCGCCGAGCUGGGCGUCCUGCUCACCAAGGACACGCUGACGCCCCAUCAGCACAAUUUGCUGCAGAGCCUGAGCCACGCCCACUCGACCGACUCGUCGCAGAGCGGGGCGAGUAAAAUGGAGCGCGGCUUUAUGCCAAAUCACUUCGUGGAGACGCAGCUGAGCGAGGGGCCCUGCCCGAAUGCCCCGUUGCCGGUGGGCGUGGGCCAAGUGGGCGUGCCCGGUGUGUACGAUGACAAUCCUUUGGCGAACGCCGUCGCAGCAGCUGCAGCAGCCGUCGCCCAACUGCAGCAACAACAACAACAGCAGCAGCAGCAACAGCAGCAACAACAACAACAACAGCAGCAACAACAACAGCAGCAGCAGCAGCAACCAAAUGGCCAGGAGCAGGAGCAACAGCCACAGCACAGUCUCAGCCACAGUCUCAACCACAGUCUCAAUCAGAGUCUCAGUCACAGUCUCAAUCACAGUCACAAUCACAGUCACAGUCACAGUCACAGUCUCAAUCACAGUGCCGCAUUUAAGGAUCACGGACAUGGCUUGCAUGACGAGCCGCCCGAAGCUUCGGAUUAUGAUAAGGACUGCAAUGGAGCGCUCAACUUGCAUCACAACAACAGCAGCGGCAACGACAAUAACAUAUCCAUGAAAUCCGAGCCGCUCUCCGAAGGUGAAUUCAAUCCGGAUGACAUACAGCUAAUGCAAACCAACUACAAUGGCGCUCAGAACUUCUACUCGCCGAGCUUGGAUCAGAAUAUUCUGCAUCCGGAUGUGAUUGUGGAUACGGAUAAUCUAUCCGAUUGCAGCUCAUCGGCAUCGCUGAAAAGCGGCAAACGGAAGAUGUCUACAUCCACGGAUGGGGAUAGCACCAACUACGAGCUGAUCGAGUAUCUGAAGCGGCGCGAGAAACGAGACGAGGAGCUGCUCAAGCGCAUGGAUGCACGCGAGGAGCGUUUCAUGAAUCUGCUCGAGCGCACAGUCAUUGCCAUCGAGCAGUUAGCUGCGGGCAAGGCUCAAACACUAGUGGCCAGCAAAGCCACCGAAACGGAGCCAACAAUGAAAACGGGUUUGGAUGCAGUUACUCAGGCUUUAGAUUUGCCCGGCAAGUGCGUCGAAGCAGACGACGUAAUAGAUGCAGAUGCUGCGGCAGAGGAGUCAGAGGCGGAAUUAACGGGAGUGGAAGUAGAAGCGGAAUCAGUGGCAGCAACUAUAGUCGAAGUGGACACGAAAGGACUCGAUAUAGAAAAGGCAGUAGAAAUAGGAGCAGACGAAGAGAUCGCUUCAAAUGAAACGUAAACCAAACAAA